UUCCUCUUUCUCCCGCCUUUUCUCCUGGACGUGUGACGCCACUCCCUCACUUAUGUCCUAACAGCCCUUGCACAUCUGCAGCGUCCACAUCCUCCUCAGCCGCUCAGUGCGUCCCUCAGCUCCGUCUGACUGAAGCUGAUCACUGAACACACCAUGGACUGGAAUUUACCCUCCUUCCUUCUGCUGAUUUCUGUUUCUCAGUCAGCGGCAUUCAACCUUGAUUCAAGCCCUUGGAAAAACUACCCUCGGAACCCGGAUACAGCUUUCGGCUACAAAGUGAUUCAGAGAGACAGAAGUUUGAUUGUUAGUGACCCCUUAAUACAAAAUGGGGACAAAAGAGGUAAAGUUUACAGUUGUGGAGUAACAGCCGGACGCUGCUCACCUUUAACAAUAAAGGAACCCUCUGAAGCUGUAAACAUGUCCCUUGGUCUCUCAAUGACUAAAGAUCCAAAGUCUUCAAAGAUAAUAGCCUGUGGUCCAACCAUCCCCAAAAACUGCAGAGUAGUCACGACCUACAACGGCAUGUGUUUCACAGUGGAUAGGAACAGUAACGUAGAAGGUCCAAUACCGAGCGCAUUGAGAGAUUGCCCAGUUCAACCAAUAGACAUUGCUUUUUUAUUGGAUGGAUCUGGAAGUGUUUCAGAAGAUGAUUUUAAAAAAAUGAAGACUUUUGUUGAACUAAUGGUACAGGGAUUAAUUACCCGGGAUAUUAGGUUUGCUGUUGCACAGUAUUCUAAUCAAUGUGAAAUACACAUAGACUUCACUUACCAAUUGAACAGCAAUUUAAUACAGAACAUUCAGCAGAAAGGAGGAGGUACCUACACUGCAAGUGCUAUCAACAAACUUGUGGAUGAUUUAUUCAUCAGAAACCCCAGAGCAAAAGCUAACCGAGUUUUGGUUGUUAUCACUGAUGGUCAGUCACAUGAUGCAAAUUAUUUGUCUACAGUUGCUGCAUAUGCGCAGCAGAAUAAGAUCAUUCGCUACGCUAUUGGGGUUGGCAAUGCCUUUAAAAACCCGUAUGCAGAAAAUGAGUUGAACACCAUUGCAUCUGACCCCCCCAGUGAAUACAAAUUUAAAGUGGAUAGCUUUAGUGUGCUCAACAGAAUAAAGGAAACUCUGGAGAAGAAUAUAAUUGCAAUCGAAGGGACCCAGACGUCAGGAGAUUCCACCAGAAUGGAGUUUGCACAAGAUGGCUUUAGUGCUGAGUUUAACUAUGAUGGGAAUUUACUGCUGAGUGCAGUCGGGGCUUAUCAGUGGAAAGGAGGAUACCAGGAGUAUUCAUCUACAGGACCUUCAGGUGACUUUCAGGAGGGCAGAGAGCACGACAGUUAUUUAGGUUAUUCUAUGACGGUGGCAAGAACUCCAUUCAUCAACUAUGUAAUUCAGGGAGCUCCAAGGCAUGGGCAUAUAGGAAAAGUGUUCAUUUCAACCUCUAUGGGAUUGGGUACUCUGAAUCCCCCCGUGAAACCCCAGCUUCAGAUUGGUUCCUAUUUCGGAGCUGAAGUGUGUGCGGUGGACUUGGAUGUUGAUUCUUUCACAGACCUGCUGCUGGUUUCUGCUCCACUGUUUACACAGGCCAGUAAGGAAGGAAUAGUGUUCGUCUACUCUGUUCCACGCCGGGCAAAUUACUGGAGUGAACCAAUCAUGACACUGGAAGGAAUGGCUGGACAGAGGGGUAGGUUUGGCUCCUCACUGGCCAGCCCAGGAGACCUAAAUGGGGAUAAAAUUACAGAUGUUGUUGUAGGAGCUCCUCUGGAGGACAUUGGACAGGGCAGUGUUUACAUCUUUAAUGGACAAGCGGGAGGCAUCGCUUCUACCUAUUCACAGAGAAUCAGUGGCUCAUCUGUGCAGUCGGGUCUGCGGUUCUUCGGCUUGUCUCUGAGUCAGAAUGCUCUGGAUCAGAGUGAGGACGGGCUGCUGGACAUUGCUGUUGGAUCCAAAGGAGCGGCCAUGUUAUUCAGGUCCAGACCCAUCGUGUCGUUGGUGACCACAGUGACCUAUAACCCUAGAAAGAUUCCUCCUAAAGAAACAGAGUGCGAGAAACCUUUAGAAAACACUGUGACAGUGUGCUUCAGACUCACUGAACAGAACACUCAGGGAAAGGACUUGACGGCAAAGUUAAACUACGACUUAAAACUUGACGCCAAGCGGCAGACCUUCCGGGCGUUCUUCCAAGAUAAACCUAAAAAAGAACGAGUCCAGAGGGGCGAGAUGGUGGUUGGUCUCAGUGAUGCAUGCAAAGAACACAAUUUCCUUAUAGAGUCCUGCACUGAAGACGCUCUGAAUCCGCUGUCUAACGAGCUGACCUUUACUUUUGAGGGUCUGCCCAGUAGAUCAAUGCAGGCUUUAACACCUAUUCUUCGUCCUGACAUACGGAACACCUCAGAUCACAAUCUGGAUUUUGAAAUAAACUGUGGGACAGACAACAUUUGCAUUGACGACCUGAAAGUGGAUUUCAACUUCUCUGGACACUCAGACAUACAGGUUGGAAUAAUGCAGGAAAUGAACGUGACCGUUUUUGUGGAGAACAGAGGAGAGAACUCCUACAACCCUCAGGUUACGCUGACGUACCCCUUUGGACUUUCCUACAGGAGGUUCACCAGUAAACAGGGUCGAGUGGAGUGUGUGUCUGUGGACAGUGAUCAGCUGCUUGCUCUGGGGAAGACCACCUGCUACAUCAGUAAACCCAUCCUCAGACAAUCCUCUUUUGCGGUUUUUGAGAUCACGUACAGCAUACACAAAGAUAGUAACUUUGACAAAUUGGUCACGUUCAGUGCUACUGCUUCCAGCGGCAAUGAUAAACACGCAGCUUCCAGCGAACUGGCCAAAAACAAAUCUAUUGGAGUGAAAUAUGCCAUCUACAUUGCAUUAAUCAGGCAUGAGAACUCCAGCAUCCACAUCAACUUCACUGCAGGGAAGAAUAACCAAGAGAAACCCAUCAGUCAGAUAUUAAAGGUGGAGAACGACCUACGAGACGUAAACCUCACUGUGCUCAUCAGUGUUCCAAUUAAACUAGGAGAGAAGGACAUCUGGACCAAUAAGAACUUGCAGAUUAGCGGCUGCAGUUCAGACCGAGACGAGAAACCCACAGUCACUGACUUUGUGGAGGCGAUAAGGAUAAAGCCGCUGGUGAACUGCUCUGUGGCCACCUGCAGACGCUUUAGGUGUAAUACAAAUAUCUUAAAGAGGGGGGUGGAGUUAUACAUUAUAUCUGCUAAAGUGAGCUCUGGCUGGAUUGAACAGACUGGCCUGACAGCAGCAGUUUUUGAGCUGGUCAGUUCAGCGACUCUGGAUUACGACAAAAACAAAUAUGUCUACGUCUCCUCUGAUUCUCAACACAACGCCCCCAUUGUAACGGUCGGACACUCCGCUCUUCUUCAAUUUGAGGAAUUUUCAAACCGCACUUUUGUUUCUAUUAAUACGCAGGUGGAGGUGUACGAGGAGAAGAACCUGCUGAAGGAGAUCAUCGGCGGCGUGAUCGGAGGACUCGUGCUUCUGGCUCUCAUUACUGCAGGCCUGUACAAGGCCGGAUUCUUUAAAAGUCAGUAUAAGCAGAUGCUGGAAGAUGCUGGGGGUGAACAGACUGCAGCACCUGAUGGAGAGACCCCUGAAGAGUGACCACGCCCACUCUGAGUGACCCCGCCCGCUCUGAGUUACCUCUGUCUGUAAAUUUAAACAAUACGUUUUUGCUUAUGCAAAGAGGUUUGCUCACCUCUGCUUAAAAUUGAUUGGUGAUUUUCUAAAUUAAAAUCCUCGAUAGAGUCACACUUCUGCACAUUCUAAAGCAUGAGUGCACUUUAUUUGGCUAAUUUAACAUUAUUAGCAUUUAGCAAUUAGCCUGUGCAAACUGAUGGCACCUUACUUUAGUUUUUUUUUUUUUCAGAAUGUUAAUAUCAGCAAGUAAAUAGAAAAGGGUGUUUAUUUUUUUUUAUAAAAUUGUAUUUUACAUUAUUUAGCACACUUUCUACCUAAAGUUAUUUUUAAACAGCAUUCUAUUAAUUAAUUAAUUAGGGACUGUUAUUUACACAGAGCUACAAAAGGGGGUGCUGUGGGGGCUUAUAAAAGAAAUUCUAAACACAGCAGAUUACACUAGCACUUCAGCACAAACUCAGAAUAAGACUAGUUAUUGUUAGAAAUGAUCUUAAAUUUUAAUUUUUCACCAGUUAUGACAUUGGUAAUCAAUGCUGUGCGCUGUAGAUCUAUAAAAUAGAGCCCUGUUUGAAAUAAACAACCUGUGCCUUUAAGAAUGAAACACUCUUCUUAACGUCAGUGUAAGUGGGUGGGGCUAAAGUACUGAAUACUGAGUUAUGUAAAUGUGGAUCUAUAUAAAUAUAGUUGUUUUAUUUUAUUGACAUCACUAAUGUUUCUACUAGCUUAAGCAUUGUUUACAUGCUACAUCAAACUUGAACAAACCCUUUAGCACAGUGUUCUUCUUUCUUUCCUGGGUAAAGUGUUGUUUUUUUUCUAAUAUGUCACAAUCAGCCAGUAAAUCAAAAAAAAUGUAUUAAAUGUACAGGACUUAAAACUUGAUGAAGGGUGUUCAAACUUAAAACACAAUAAAACUGUAUUUUGCAUUAUUUA